AUGCGGAGUCGGAGAUUGAUUGACAAAUGGACUGGGGAGGGGGAUGUCCUCUCCUUCGCCAGCGCCCUCCCCACCGAUGCAUCCCUCGAAACCCGGCAAACAAAAUCCCUCCGCAUCCUGCCCCUCGGCGACUCCAUAACCUGGGGCUUUAUCAACGGCGGCGGCUCCAACGGCUACCGCGAGCGCCUGCUCUCCGACCUACAAUCCGGCGGCUACACGGUCGACUUUGUCGGCACCCAAAAAUCCGGCACCAUGGCCGACAAAGACAACCAAGGCUUCCCGGGCUACACCAUCAACCAGAUCCGCGGCGUCGCCGGCGGCGGCCUCAACCUGCGCCCCAACGUCGUGCUCAUCCACGCCGGAACCAACGAUCUCAACCGCGGCAACCCGUCGUCGGAGCCUGAUGCGGAUGCGCCACGCAGACUGGGCCUGCUGAUUGACGAUGUACUCAAGGUUGUGCCGAAUGCGGUUGUCAUUGUAGCCAAGAUUAUUCCGUCAAAGAGGGCCAGUCUGACGAAUACUAUUCGCACGUUUAAUAAUGCGUUGCCUGCGAUUGUGUCGGCGCGCGCGAGCAAGGGGUCAAAGGUUUCGCUUGUGGAUAUGAGUGUUUUGAAUCCUAGCACCGAGUUGAGUGAUGAUUUGCACCCGAAUGUUGCUGGAUACAACCGCAUGGGAGAUAUCUGGUAUGCGGGAAUCAGGGCUGUCGCUGGAUCUAUCCCUGCUUAG